CAAUGAGCGGCGAGCAGCUCGAGCGCUUAAAAGCGCCGCGGUAUGCGUCUGAACUUAUUCUAUAGCUCUGGUAGGGAGGCGUGCAGUUUGACAUCAUGGCAAGAACUAAACAGACCGCCCGUAAGUCCACCGGUGGCAAAGCUCCGAGGAAGCAGCUGGCUACCAAGGCUGCUCGUAAGAGCGCCCCGGCUACCGGCGGCGUCAAGAAGCCUCACCGUUACAGGCCCGGCACCGUGGCUCUCAGGGAGAUCCGCCGUUACCAGAAAUCCACAGAGCUGCUGAUCCGCAAGCUGCCCUUCCAGCGCCUGGUGCGGGAGAUCGCUCAGGACUUCAAGACCGAUCUCCGCUUCCAGAGCUCUGCCGUCAUGGCCCUGCAGGAGGCUAGCGAGGCGUACUUGGUGGGUCUGUUCGAGGACACUAACCUGUGCGCCAUUCACGCCAAGAGAGUCACCAUCAUGCCUAAAGAUAUCCAGCUGGCCCGCCGUAUCAGAGGAGAGCGCGCUUAAAUUCAACGGAGCGCUGCCAGGUUUCCCCCAAAACACCCCAACGGCUCUUUUAAGAGCCCCCUCACUUCUCUGUCCAAAAGAGCAACUGUCCUAGAUAGCGUCCCCCACUCCGAGUUCUCUUAAGUGCUGUGACUGAGGAGAUGGUUCUGUUGCUGAUGAGUGGCUUGAGAAUGAUUCGUUUCACACGCCCAUAUUACAAAGCUUGUCGCUCAGUAUUUACCCAGCACUACGAACACACACCAAAAAUAAAUAAUAAACACUGCUCUUCGACAUUCUGUACGCGGGUGCUAUGUCUA